GAGGAGAAACCGUCACACGGUCACCCGCGCGUGAGCGCGGAUCUUGGCGUGGAGAGAGACAUACGGAACGCGCACGUGUUACCUGCUUUAUUUCGGGACUGUUUGGUACUGUGUUCGCGCUGGGCAGCUCUCCGCCCGGAAGGCCGCCCCCGCACGCCGCCCUCAGCCCCACUUCGCGGCCGAGCUCGCCGAGGGCCUCAGAAACCACCCUAGUGUGCGCCUGUAGCUCGGAAAAUUAAUUGUGGCUAUAGCCGCCUCGAUCGCUGUCUCCCAGCCUCGCCGCGGCCGCUCCGGGACGCGCCCGCCCGCCGCCCGGCUCUCCCCCCCUUCGGGCUGCCGCUGCUGCUGCUGUGACUGCUGCGGCGCGAGGAGGAGGAGGAGGCAGCGGGGGAGGGGGAGGCCGGGCGCGGAACGGAGCGGGGCGCUGCACCCCGGGCGGUGGGUUGCUUCUGCUUCUUGCUUUUUUUUCCUCUCUCUCUCUCUCUCUCUCUCUCUCUCUCUCUCUCUCUCUCUGUUUCUCUCUCUUUCCACUCUCUCUCGCUUUCUCUAAUUCUUGAGGGGUGGUUGCAGCUUUUGCUACAUGCCUUGCCAGCGCCGGAGCCUGCGGUCCAACUGCGCUGCUGCCGGAGCGCUCAGUGCCGCCGCCGCCGCCGCCGCCUGCUCCCCCCGCGCCCCGCUUCGAACCCACCGGCCGCCCGCCGCGCCGCUACCCGGCUACCGCGCCGCCGCCGCUGCCGCCGCCCCCCGACGCCUGGGUGAUGCUGGACAUGGGAGAUAGGAAAGAGGUGAAAAUGAUUCCCAAGUCCUCGUUCAGCAUCAACAGCCUGGUCCCCGAGGCCGUCCAGAACGACAACCACCACGCGAGCCACGGCCACCACAACAGCCACCACCCCCAGCAUCACCAUCAUCAUCAUCACCACCACCACCCGCCGCCGCCCGCGCCCCAGCCGCCGCCGCCUCCCCAGCAGCAGCAGCAGCCGCCCCCGGCCCCGCAGCCCCCGCAGGCACGAGGCGCCCCAGCAGCCGACGACGACAAGGGCCCACAGCCGCUUCUGCUCCCGCCGCCCGCCGCCCUGGACGGGGCCAAGGCCGACGCGUUGGGAGCCAAAGGCGAACCGGGCGGUGGGCCGGCCGAGCUGGCGCCCGUCGGACCGGACGAGAAGGAGAAGGGCGCGGGUGCCGGGGGGGAGGAGAAGAAGGGGGCGGGCGAGGGCGGCAAGGACGGGGAGGGGGGCAAGGAGGGCGACAAGAAGAACGGCAAGUACGAGAAGCCGCCGUUCAGCUACAACGCGCUCAUCAUGAUGGCCAUCCGGCAGAGCCCGGAGAAGCGCCUGACGCUCAACGGCAUCUACGAGUUCAUCAUGAAGAACUUCCCCUACUACCGCGAGAACAAGCAGGGCUGGCAGAACUCCAUCCGCCACAACCUGUCCCUCAACAAGUGCUUCGUGAAGGUACCCCGCCACUACGACGACCCGGGCAAGGGCAACUACUGGAUGCUGGACCCGUCCAGCGACGACGUGUUCAUCGGCGGCACGACCGGCAAGCUGCGACGCCGCUCCACCACGUCUCGGGCCAAGCUGGCCUUCAAGCGCGGGGCGCGCCUCACCUCCACCGGCCUCACCUUCAUGGACCGCGCCGGCUCCCUCUACUGGCCCAUGUCGCCCUUCUUGUCCCUGCACCACCCCCGCGCCAGCAGCACUUUGAGUUACAACGGCACCACGUCGGCCUACCCCAGCCACCCCAUGCCCUACAGCUCCGUGUUGACUCAGAACUCGCUGGGCAACAACCACUCCUUCUCGACCGCCAACGGGCUGAGCGUGGACCGGCUGGUCAACGGGGAGAUCCCGUACGCCACACACCACCUCACGGCCGCUGCGCUCGCCGCCUCCGUGCCCUGCGGCCUGUCGGUGCCCUGCUCCGGGACCUACUCCCUCAACCCCUGCUCCGUCAACCUGCUCGCGGGCCAGACAAGUUACUUUUUCCCCCACGUCCCGCACCCGUCAAUGACUUCGCAGACCAGCACGUCCAUGAGCGCCCGGGCCGCGUCCUCCUCUACGUCGCCGCAGGCCCCCUCGACCCUGCCCUGUGAGUCCUUAAGACCCUCUUUGCCAAGUUUUACGACAGGACUGUCCGGGGGACUGUCUGAUUAUUUCACACAUCAAAAUCAGGGGUCUUCUUCCAACCCUUUAAUACAUUAACAUCCCGGGGACCAGACUGUAAGUGAACGUUUUACACACAUUUGCAUUGUAAAUGAUAAUUAAAAAAAUAAGUCCAGGUAUUUUUUAUUAAGCCCUCCCCCCAUUUCUGUACGUUUGUUCAGUCUUUAGGAUUGUUUACUAUUCUAACAAGGUGUGGAGUGUCAGCGAGGUGCAAUGUGGGAGAAUACAUUGUAGAAUAUAAGGUUUGGACGUCAAAUUAUAGUAGAAUGUGUAUCUAAAUAGUGACUGCUUUGCCAUUUCAUUCAAACCUGACAAGCCUAUCUCAUAGGGCUGCCAGAUUUCCAUGUGUGCAGUAUUAUAAGUUAUCAUGGAGCUAUCUGGUGGACGCAGGCCUUGAGAACAACCUAAAUUAUGGAGAGAGUUUAAAAAUGUUACACUGUAAUUUGUAUUUAAGAAUUUGUAGUAAAGGUGCCCAAGAAAUUAUAUUGGCCAUUUAUUGUUUUGUCCUUUUCUUUAAAGAACUGUUUUUACCUUUUGUUUACUUUUAGACCAAAGAUUGGAUUCUAGCAAAUGCACUUGGUAUACUAAGUAUUAAAACAAACAAACAAGCGAAAAAGGAAAGUUGUUUAGUUGGCAACACUGCCCAUUGAAUUGAAUCGGAAGGGGACAAAUUAAGGAUUGCCUUCAGUUUGUGUUGUGUAUAUUUCGAUGUAUGUGGUCACUAACAGGUCACUUUUAUUUUUUCUAAAUGUAGUGAAAUGUUAAUACCUAUUGUACUUAUAGGUAAACCUUGCAAAUAUGUAACCUGUGUUGCGCAAAUGCCGCAUCAAUUUGAGUGAUUGUUAAUGUUGUCUUAAAAUUUCUUGAUUGUGAUACUGUGGUCAUAUGCCCGUGUUUGUCACUUACAAAAAUGUUUACUAUGAACACACAGAAAUAAAAAAUAGGCUAAAUUCAUAUAUAUCUUGAUAUUUUUGUCUCUUUUAUUAAGUAGAGCUAAUUUGCAAAGAUACCAUUCGAUUUAUAGAGAAUUUGAAGGCUUUUUUUUUUAGCCAAGUUGGAGUUUAAAAUGCUCCUCUAAUUUCAACUGAGACGAAAACUAAGAAUAGUAUCCUUUUUCCAUUUGUGGACAGAUUUUGCCAGGAGCAGGCUACUUUAUAAAUACUAGCUUUAAGUGAAACAUAGGCUUUUCAGCUGAUAUCUUUGUUUUUGUAGAUAUACAGCAAAAAAGAUAUUCAAUUUUAUGUGUAUAGCUGUUUACUCUGUGCUUAUAUUAAAUUCAGUUGAUAGAAUGCCCUUUAUAUAUAUUGUUGCAGGUAUCUUGUUUAUAGAACUUGGCAAAUUAUAAAUAAAUAUGUGUAUAUAGUUAGUGCAAAGUGAAUAAUGAACACAUUAUAUAUGUGUGUAUAUACAUAUAUACAUAUACAUAUGUAUAUAUGCAUAUAUAUAUCCCUUCAGUUCAGGUACAAUUUGCGCUAUGAAUGCUGCAAACAUUUUUGUUUAAAUAUUUGUAUUUAUCCUUUCUCAGUCAGCAUUUAUUUUUGUGGCUGUUGACCCACACUGAACGAAUUCUAAUAAAGAUGUUCUGAGUUGCAAUGGAGAGCUUGCUGCAGUGAUCACCUGUUGUAACGACUCACAGAC